GGUCAUACCACUCGAGAGUCGGACGGCGGAGGGUCUUCGUGUUUAGUUUGUCUACUUAUUUAUUUCUAUUUAUUUAAUAUUAUUUGUUAAAGUUUAUUUCCCACUGAAAAAUGAGCAGCACCCGGAGCAUGUGCACGUUUUCGGAAUUCAGAGCAGGAGACCGAGCGGAUGGCUACCGGAGACUCCGUCUGACUCUGCACGACCAAGUCCAGCAGCAGCCCACCAUAGGAAAGCCGAUUGGGAGAGCAUUUGCGUUGGUGCAGCCAACUAGCGAGAGGCAGCCUCUGAAGCCCGAGCCCGUCAAAGUCGAGGAGAAGGUUGAGGUCAUAAAGGUGUAUCUGCAAGCGCAGAAAAAGGAACAGGACAAGAAUCAGCAGAGUCUGAAGAUGCUCUCUGAUGAGGUUUCACAAAUACAAGAGGUGCGAUACUGUUUAAAGAGCCUAAGAGAGCAGAUGGCAGCAAAAAACAACCACAGAACAGAGCACAAGGUGAAGUUAACUCAGACUGGUGUGAACAGAGGGAAUUGUGCUCUGACAUCUCUGUCGACACAAAAGAUGGAAGACAAACAGGAGUUUGAUGACGAGCAGGAGCGCGAAAGGAUGAGGGAAGUCAGCAAGCGGCUGUACGCCCAGCUUCAGGAGGCGGAGACGAGACACCAAGAGGAGAAGGAGAAAUUACAGGCUGAGGCAGGUCAGUACAAAAGGCAGCUGUCUGAGCAAAGCGAUCAGCUGAAGGAAGCUCAGGUUAGCGCACAGGAGCAGGACCAGCGAAUCCGAGAGCUGCAGCGUCUGAUGGGUGGCAUGGAGCAGGAGAGCUCGUCCCUCAGGGAUGAUUUAAUGACCAAGGAGUCGGAGCUGCUGCAGCUGCGGGAGCUGAAAGAGGAGGGGCAAGUUGACAGAGAGAGAUUGGAGGAGUUGGAGAAGGAGAACGCCAUCCUUAAGGAGAAGAUACACCACCUUGAUGAUAUGCUCAAGAGCCAGCAGAGGAAACUCAGACAGAUGAUUGAACAGCUGCAGAACUCGCGGAUGGUGAUUCAGGAGAGGGACCGUGCCAUCAAAGAACUAGAGGAGAAAGUUGCUUUCCUCGAAGCAGAGAACAGAGAACUGCGUGAUCAGAUGGAUUAUUUCCUGCACGAAAGGUCAAACUCGGGCCUGUUGUCCGAUUCCAAUGCUCAGAUUGUCUACAGUAGGCCUCUGAAGCCGUCGACACAAAGUAACAAAAAUCUGCCGUUCAUCAAAGUCAUCGAGAUCAAGUCAUGAACACUGAAAAGCAGACGGAUCUGUACAUACUGAAGCACAACAGCCUGUAGCACGACGCCCUUGCUACUAGCGCACUGACUAAAGACUGAAGACUGCAGCUCCACACAAUAUGCCUUGUCCAACACGUAUGGAAUACAUUUGUUAUAUAUUGUAAAUAGAUUAGGUUGUCGGUUUCAUUGUGUCUGUGAGCAUGCAUACAGUAUACUGACCUUAACUCGGCUGAAGUAUGAGUGUCGUGGUGUUGAAUAUCAUUUAGAUUUGCUUUUAUCCGAAAUGAAGAACCAGCGAAGAAAAAUUGUGGCACUUUCACUUUCUCUCAUUUUUGAAUUACUUACGAUCAUCAAAAGUUCUAGAUAGGGAACAGGGAGCUUUACCAGCUUCUUGGUUUAAUGAAGGAAUUGAGUAUUUCAAUGGUUUUGAGUCCCACAUUUAUAAUAUAAAGGCACAAUAAUCAUCCAAAUUACACUCUUGAUGUACGACAAUUAGAAAUCUGCUAAAAUAUUAACCUGUUUCUAACUUUGUCCUGAUCCUCAAUAAUACACUGAAACAUUUGUUUUCACUUAAACACCUAUAUUUUAGAGAGACACCAAUACACCUUGCAGAAACCAGACCCACUGCCCUGUCAGGACAGCCAAAAUGAGAAUGAAGUAAAAAUCCUCAUUAUGUUCGAGAAUUCCAUGUAUGUAAAACCAAUUCGAUGUGAAAAACACGCAUUUCACUGAUAUUUUUUAUUUUUUACUUUUACAUUUACAUUUGCGGCAUUUAGCAGACGCCCUUAUACAGAGCAACGUACAAAAGUGCUUUAUGUAAAUUUUUUACAUAAUUUUGUAUUUUCUGACUCCAGCAUUUUUCUUGCUUCUUGAGUAGUUCUGUACUACUGUCCAUUAUUUAACUGUGCACUUACCAUCUGCUUUUUAUUUAAUAGAAAAAAUAUUUUUGUAGUUAAAUGUGUGGUUUUUUUUUUAGAUGAUGUAUUAAAUGGCUGAUAUAUUUAUGUAAGAUGAAGUUUUAAUAAACUGAUCCAAAAGA